UACGCUUGUGUCACACAUGCUCGCGCUACGAUGUUGUUUACGUUGUAACUCAGGAAAUGCUGCUACCCUGUAAGGCGAGUCACGUUCAGCCUGGCAGCAUGAAGCGCGCGGUGCCCGAGGAAAACAGCGAGAGCAAACGGAACUAUUUUAAACAGGAGUCCAUCAGCUUCGGAUACGAUGCCUCCUCGUACGCCAAUUACUCGUCGUCGUCCACACCCUCCACCAUCGCUCAGCCCUUACCCGGGCAGCCACCCUUGCCUCCUAUGCCUCCGCCGAGCGGAGUCCCACCUCCGCCGCACGUAUUCGGACCAGUGCCUUCCCAAGUGGCUCCCAUUCAAUGGACCCACGCGCACACCCCCUGGCAGUGGAUAGCGCCGCAAACGUCCCCCUUGCCGCAUCCGACUCCGCACGAUAUCGCUAAUACGAUUCAGAGGGAGAUUCCGCUCAGGGGUAACUACGUACGUCGCGAGAGAUUUCACAAUAGGAACAAUAUGUAUGUUCAGAGAAAUAAUUUUCGUAAAAAUAGAAGGGUGGUGCGGUUCGGACAGCCGCAGGGUCAGUUUGAUCAGGCUGCAUAUUUCGGGGCGACGCUGGCGGGUAAUCUCGGAUUGGACUGGCGAAGGAAUAAUUAUCCCGCGGCGACCAAUGACGCUAUAAUGAAUCACAUGACCGUUCCUCUACCUAAUCAUCCCAUCCCUUCCAUCCCACCGGGAAUCGUGAGCAACAGACGUACCGAGGAGACGGAGGAUCAGGAUGUGAAAAUUGAAAAGGUGGUGAAGAAGAAUAAACAGAGGAAGCCGAUGUCUCAAAAUUAUGUCAACAAGCCGUGGAAUAGGGAAGAUGCGGAAAGGGCUCUGAAAAUUGAAAGCGAAUAUAACAUGAAGAACAAAGUUAAUGCGCAGAGCUUAAUAAUCAAGUUUCCCGAUACGGAUCUAAACAAGGACAUUGUUGGCCAGUUUCAUCCUGAGAUACUAAACAUACAUUUUCAAAAUCCGUGUGGGCCGAGAUAUUGCUUCAUUCAAAUGGCGGAAGACGUGAAUAUUGACGAGGCGAUAAAAGAAUUGGAGAAAAUCAAGUUUGGUGUCGGGCACUUGAAAGUCGAGAAAAAGUCAUUAAGAGACGAGGAUAAUCCCGAGGAGAUAGAUCCCUAUACCUUGUUUAUAGGAAAUCUGCCAGAAUCUGUUAAAACGAGCGACAUAAAAAGUAAAUUUCCAAAGGCGCAAGACGAAGAAACGCGAAAGAUGAAGAACACACGAAAUAUUCUUAUGAGAUACAAUAGCGUGGACGAUGCGAUAUCAGAUUACAAACAAGCGUACGGUUUAAUGUGGGACAAGAGGAGUAUUAACGUUAGAUUUAGACGGAAGAGAGGUAACACUUGUCUUUCCGAAGAACCUAAGCUUGACGUUAAGAAAGUUAAGGAGGAGCCAAGUAACGCUGCACAAGUGGAGAAGGAACGGAAUGCGAAUCACGUUGAAUUUGAGCUCAAUGUUAACGAGUUGAAAGAAGAAGAAAGUAACACUGACGAAACGAAGGAAGACAAGAUCAAUCGCGCGAAUAAGUCGUCGGCAAAUCAAAAUGUGGAUAGCGCAGAAGCGCGAUUGCAAGAUAAUUCCAAUAAAGCACAAAGAAAACCAGCCUCGCAAGUUCAGGAAAACACAAACUCUCAUUUGCCUGGAUUAUCGACGCAAGAAGAACAACCUUGGACGUCACAGUCUCUUCAAAUAUCUUCGGCGUCGAAAGUUAACCCACCAUGUCCAACCGAGGCGAACACCGUCGAGGAAAUGGUGAUGCUUACGGAGAUCAAACAGGAACCCAUAGAUUACGAUGAGAUGUUCAAGAUGAAGCACAAUGACAGUGAUACCGACGAUGAUGACGAUGACGACGAUGACGAUGACGAUGAUGACGACGACGACGAUGAUGACGAUGACGAUAAUGUCGAGGAGCCGGAUGAUUCUGAUGAUGAUGAGGAUAUCAAUGCGGGAGACUUCGACGAUGAAGAUGAAGAUAUCGACGAUGAUGGAAAUAUAUCGUUUAGGGCUAAGCCGCCGAGAACAACGCGAAAUGACGAGGAACCGUCAGACCACCUCGAUAAAAUGUUCAGCGAAUUGGAGAACAUGACAGGCGACAUCGGUUUCUUAAAACAUUGAAUGAAGCAUCGUCUUAAUACUCGCCGACAGUUCUUUUUAUGAGAUUUGAUUCCGUAUAUAACGUGUAAAUAUCACAGUAGCUGCGUAAUAUAAACAAAUGAGACUGCAUGUAUUUAGAUAUAGUAGCGUAAGCGAUUAUAGCCGUAUUUAAGAAUUUUGUAACUAUUAUUUCUUCCGAUGAAUUUCAAUGAAUAUCAGGCUUAAGCGAAGCAUUAUAUAAGCUCUAUUAUAUCAUUAAAGUUAUUAUUUUACGUA